AUGUCCAAAAUAGUUGAUCAAGAAGGAUGGUCCUUGGAACUUGAAGCCAAUAAAAGCACAAAAGAAAUUUUUGAAGCUAUUUUAGAAAGCAGAAAUUUCGAAAACAACAUAUCGCUUUAUGAUAUUGCAAAGCUUGGCCUCGUUUUAGAGAAAUGAUAUCAGCUUUUGCCGUCAAUCAGACCUUUUUAUGCAGUCAAAUGCAAUCCUGAUCCAUUUGUUGUAUCUAGAAUGGUUUCUCUAGGCAUAGGCUUUGACUGUGCAAGCAAGCAUGAGCUUGAGUUAGUUAAAUCUUCAAAUGCAAAUAUAGAAAAUGACGUAAUCUUUGCACAAACCAUCAAAUCAAAUCGAGACCUUGCAGCGAUCUCAAAUCUUAGUGUUAAAUACGCAACCUUUGAUUGUGUCGAAGAACUUCGAAAAAUUGCAAACUUCGGACUUCCCAACCUAAAACUAGUCUUGAGAAUAUUUGAAAUUGACGAAAAGGCUAUUUUAAGCUUCAGACAUAAGUUUGGAGCAAUUAAAACUGAUUGGGUGAAUAUAUUUGAAGAAGCUGUAAAACUAGGCAUUGAUAUUGCUGGGGUGAGCUUUAAUGUUGGCUCAAGAGUUAAAGAUACAAACGCUUAUUUCAGAGCUAUAAGAGCUGCUGAUGAAGUAUGAAAUCUAGGAGAACAAUAUGGGUUUAAUAUGCAUCUUUUAGAUAUAGGAGGAGGCUUUACUUUUCAAAAUUUUGAAAACGCAGCAGAAGAAAUCAACAGAGGGAUAAACCAGUAUUUCUCAGAAAGAAAAGUGCAGAUAAUUUCAGAGCCAGGCAUUUUUUUCGCAGAAACAAUAGUUUCAAGCUGCUUUUCAAUUGUUGGGAAAAGGUCAAGAAUUAUAAAUGGGGAAAAUAAAGUUGAUUAUUUUUUGUCAGAUGGAUUAAUAGGGACUUUUUCAAGCUUAAGGUUUUAUUCAGAUAUUAUUCCUAAACCAAUAUUGCUGGGAAGGAAUAGAGGAGAAGGUCAAAAGGUGCUUUCAACAUUAUAUGGGCCAACAUGCAAUGGACUGGAUAAAAUUGUUGAAUGCGAAUUUGAAGAUGCAGAGAUCGGAGAUAUGGUAGCUUUCGAAAACAUGGGAGCUUAUAAUCAAGCUUUAGCUACUGAUUUUAACGGAAUUCCUAUGGCUUCCAAUACAAAGCUUUACAUUUUUGAGCAAGAUUCCGUUACAAAUUAA